AUGAGCGUCCAUCUGAGAGUUAAGGAAUGGACUCUGAAGAUUCACAUGAUGCUACUGGAGAUGCUCAUUCUUCUUCAAGCAGCAGUAGUUCCAGCUCCAGGAGUCGAAGGAGUUCAUCAUCAGAUAGAAGUGAUAGAUCCAAAAAGAAUCCAAAAUCUCCUUCUAGAUCACCUUUAUCACCAAGAUCUAAUGGGCCAAGAUCACCUUCACCAGAAAGUCGAUCACAAUCUUCCCAAAGAUCACCAUUAUCUAGUAAAGCACCAUGUUCCCCCGGGAACU